AUCUGCUACUCUUGACUACUACGGUAGCUAGCUAGCUUGAUUACAGGCAAAUACUGUAGCUCUGGCCAUGGCUGCCAGAUAGCGGUAUUACCGUACGAGCUUUCAGUUUCUUCAAAGCCGGCUCCUACGUCGUACAGCAGCAGUCUACAUACCGUACCAUGUAUCUGGCAGCUUGCAACACGUACUAGCUAGCUAGCUAGUAUGCAUACGACUGUACGGUACAUGUCCGGAACCAACAACAGACAACAGCCAAAUUUAUUUCCCAACGGCAACUUUUGAUGACUGACGUCAUGCUUUGUGGCUGUGACUGACUCAUUCCGGGAAACCAACACCAUCAAUAAUCAAGUACUAGUACGCAUCGACCUUCCGCAUAGAAUUAAUUGAAGCAUCCAUCAUUGACGCAUUCGCAGGGGGUGUACGCACGUCCAUCUUCGGACGAUACUCUGUGAGCAUUCGGUCGCACGAAGGUUCUGGCUAGCUAGUCUAGUAGUAGUGCUGAUGCAUGUAUGAUAUGCCUACCAACUUCCUGAGAAUGAUGAGGUGUGCGAGAAAGAGAAACUAUGGUGGCGGAAGCGCAGCGAAACAAUGAGUUGCCUCAGCAUGCGAGGAUGUGCUGAUCUUUCCGUCAGUACCUGAACCAUCCAUCAAGAUUUGACCAAGUUAGUUUGCUGAUUACAGUAGUAGCAAUUCCAAGGAAACAAGAUGAAGUCUGCAAUCAUUAUUUGCCAACUUGCUUCCAUCUGCUUGCUGUCGCGAGCGGCAGCAUUUGCCCCUGCUGCAACCACCUACAGCGUCCAUUCAUCCAGACCGUCCUGCAGUCUGGCGGCCAAGGAUGGUAACAACAAUGAUGAUUUUAUAUCGACCGUGGCUUCUGCGUUGGACGGUGUGGUGUCCGGUGUGACCGGUUUAUUUCCCACAACAUUGCUAGCAGCAUCAAACAACAACAACAAGGGCAAUAAAGUUUUGGUAUUGGGUGGCACUGGAUUUGUUGGAUCACGAGUGGUGCAACAACUCGAAAGUUUGGGUGUGACCGUGGUGGCGACUUCGACGGAUGGACGUGACGGAACGGUAGCUCUGGAUUUUACACAACAAGAUCCCACUGCCAUGCAACAAACGGUUCAAAAGUUAGCCAAGGGAAGCGUGGCGGUGGUGUCCUGCAUUGGUGCCAUUGGAACCGACAAUGACAAAGCGAUCAAUGCCGGAACGGGGUAUGCGGUUCAAGCGGCCAAAAAAGCUGGAGUGGAUCGAUUCGUUUACAUUUCUGUAGCACCCGAAGUCAAGGAAUUUGCUCAAGACUUUGAUUUCUUGAAAGACUAUUUGGAGGGGAAAUCCUUUUCCCAAGAUACCAUUGAGAGCACAGCCUCGUUAUACACAAUUAUUCAACCAACAUUUAUCCAUGGAGGAGACGAAUUCAAAAUCAAUCCACCGCGUGUUGCCGGAUUUUAUGGAUCCUUUGUGGAAGCAGUCUUGUCGUCAGGUCCCUUGCGGGCAUUGAUGAAUGUGGCUCCCGAAGGAUUCAUCAAGAUUGCGUUGAAACCUCCCGUGUCGGUUGACGCUGUGGCGCAAGCAGCCGUUGCUGGAGCCCUUGGAGAGGUAGACGACAAGUUCUUGGACACGUAUGACAAGAUUAAGGAAACGGCAGCAUUAUUGUAG